AUGACUGUGGGAAACAGAUUUAUAAGGAAACAUCUUCGUUAUGCUCCUUUAUCUAUUGGUAUUUGUGUUACGAUCUCGUCUUCAUUACAGCCUCCCUUAUGGAACCCACCACCUCCUUCAGUUUACAAACUUAAUUGUGAUGCCUCAAUAAUUAAGGAUAAGCAACUUGGAGGGUUGGGAUUUCUCAUCAGAGAUCACUUGGGCGCUUGUAAGAUUGUUGCUGUCUCCAAUCCGAUUGCUUGCGAUAACGUCUUAAUCGAUAAAGCUAUGGCAAUCAAGGAAGGAUUACUUGAAGCAAUCUCUGAAGGAGCUUAUAGUUUGAUCGUUGAAAGCGAUAAUAUGGAGGUCAUCUUGUUCCUGAAAUCGUGCAAUAGUCGUCCCACUUUGCAAGUUCGUUCCAUCAUUAAUGAUUUUCGACAUCUUCAAUCUUUGUUUGAUAACUGUAUUUUUCAGUUUAUUCCGAGGGCAGCUAGUUUUGUAGCUGAUGCUCUUGCCAGGAGGGCCCUAUCCUUAACAAGUAAGAUGGUUUAG